UGCUCGUGGUAUAUUUGUAUUUUAAUUCUGAUUGAAAUACCAUCGGAAUUUGUGUAAUUUUUUUUAAUUAUUUCAACCGAAAUAAUGUCUAAAUUGAUUUUAAAAGAAAAGUUUAUUUCCCAAGCAUCGGAGGCCUGGAGAUUUUUGCACGGUACGAUAAAUGUUUACAAACCGGCUGGUAUGUUAACGUCUGUCCUGAUAAAUGCCGUAAAAAUAAACAUUUGCAAAGGUUUGAAUUCAUUGGAGCUUAGUGAACCAAAGCCACUUGUACAAAUUACGAGCGCUGACAAUAAAAAUUAUUCCAUUCAAUUGGUGCCGAACUUGGGACAGGACAUUUUGGCAACGGGCCCUCGAUACACUGAGAAAAUGCUAAGAAUUUCACCGGCUGAUCAUCUUGGAGCAAAUACGAGUGGUGUUAUGAUUUUGGGUAUAAAUAGAGGUAUUGAAUUCGCAAAUAUUCUGAGAAAUGGAGCGCCGAUUCAAACAUUUCAAGUGACCGGUAAAUUUGGCAAAGCAACCGACACAAAUUUUCAAGGAGCUCACAUCACAACCCGUGGAUCGUAUAAACAUGUUACAAAAGGAAAAUUAGAAGCAUUAUUGUCAUCGUUGCAGGCAUCGUAUCAAAAACAAAUGUAUGAUAGGUCUGGUGUCGAUAUACAAUCGCAAGCCGCUUACGAAUUGGCAUGUAAAGGACUUAUACGACCGGCGAAUACAAAAGAGACGGUUAUUUAUGGCAUUCGAAAUACCGAAUUCACAAGAAACACAUUCACCAUGGAAGUACAAGCAAUGAAUGCUUCCGAAGAACUAUUGGCCAGUUUAGUAUUAGAUAUAGCCGUUCAAUUGAGAACUGUGGCCCAUUGUACGAAAAUUAGAUGUACACGUUAUGGAUAUUUUUCAUUCGAACAUUCACUAUUGAGAAGCCAAUGGAAUUUGGAAAGAAUUUUGAGAAGUAUGCACGAAUGCCAACAAAUAUGGAAAUCACAUCCUGAUAUGGUUGCUGAGGAUAUUUCUUCACCAGUAGGUUAUGCAGAAGAUUUACAGAAAUAAAUAUAUCUUUCCAAGAUUCUCUUUAGAGGAGAAUUUAUUUGUUCGAAUUAAGCUGUAUCAAGUUGACUUUUUUGUUUUUUAAAUAAAGAAUAGUUUCUGAAAAAUAAAA